UAGUCAAUUUUCUUKUUUUACAUUGGCUGAUUGCUCACAACUUCUUGGAAUCCCCUCCCAGUUGGCUACCUUAAAAUGGCGGAAUCCAACAAUGGCAAUGGCUAUGCUAUCUAUGAUGAGUCUAUCUAUCUCUAUGACAACAGGCACAACUGCAAUAUAAAGUCGUUUCCGAAAUGCCACGUAGGUCUACUUAUAUCAGUGCAUUCAACCUAACCAUUUCGAAACUUCUAUUCGAUAAAAUAAGCCUCAGGUAGCAAAUGAGCAAUUACAUUUUUUGUUGACCAAAUUCGACACUCGUUCACCUACAUACAAAAAUUAAUCACUUCGUGGGUUUAUUUCGUGGAAAGAUUUUAGGCGGAGUAAAAUCUCUCGCUUCGCCUUUUCCUCUCUGUUCUAGCGCAGCGCUCGAUGCUUCUAGCAAGUGUAAACAAAAGGAAAUUGACAUCUUGCAGUCUUGCAUAUCUAGGAAAAGGCAAUCGGUGGAUCAAGCUUUUUACUUGUUGAGUAAAUCGCUAGCUACAUUUACAUAGUAGUGUGUUAUUUGAGUAUUCAAUUUUGUGUAUAUCCUCGCGCCUUUUAACUUGAGCUUCAYAUUGAGCAGAAGAAGUGGAAGUCAAAACAUGGUGGAGACACGCACAGUACCGUUAGAGUCCUUGGAUGACAGCUCCGAUGAUGAACCCCUAAUUGCAUUAGUAAAGAAGAAGCCGCAGCACAUUGAACACAAUGGGACUCAGGGUGAAAAAGACCAGAACCGACAACCUGAACCUGAGUCAAAGAAUAGCACUAGAAAAGAUUCUGGGUUGGAUGACACCUCAGAUGAUGAGCCUUUGACGAAGUUGGUGAAUAAACUUCCCAGAGCUAAAAAAUCCACUGUACAAGCAAAGAGGCCAGGGACUACUAAUAUCAAAAGAGGAACAGGUAAUGGCAUCAAGAAGACAAACAACAAAUUCACAGGUUCAACCCAGAAUGAGGACUCCUAUGAUAGCUCAGACGAUGAGCCCUUGAUAAAGAUGGUUAAAAAGAUCCCUAAACAGACAUCAUUGCCAUUCAAAAAGAGACCCUUCAACACAGCCAGAGAGGUGAACGAUGUGAAGAAGCGCAGAAAUAUCUCACAGAACACUAAUAAAAUAAGCACAGACUCAUCAUCAGGUGACAGCUCAGAUGACGUGCCCCUGAUUAAGAUGGUCGACAAACUCAAGACAKAAAUGCGAACAAAGACACCCACCACUACAGCCAGAAAAACACCUGGCAUUAAAAAGCCCAGUAAAGUUUUUAAAAAACACAACAGGAGUAUAGAGACCUCAGAUGACAGCUCUGAUGAUGAGCCAUUAAUAAAUCUGACCAAGAAGUCUCCAGCUAAAGAGACUGAAAGUACAAUACCGAAGAGGUGUGUCGCUAAGGAAUCAAACAGCAACAACUGUAAUAAAAUUAAAGGGAAAAUAAGCAGAGAGGAAGAGGUGAGUUCUGAUGACGAGCCCUUGAUAAAUCUAGUCAAGAAGCCUCUUAAAGCUGUAAAGAAGACCACGACACCGUUAAAGAAGAGAGGCGUAUCAGGAAAGACUGUGGUAGCCAGAAAGAAGACGAGACCAGACAMUGUGAACAAAGCAGUCAUCAGACGGAGCACCAAAGUUGUUCAAAGCACACGUGAAGGGUCUUUGGAUGACAGCUCAGACGAUGGGCCCUUGAGUAAAAAGAUGGUGAGAAAUCCACCAAUGAAGAGCCUAAUGGUUAUUCUGGAGAGAUGUGACACUAAAGAAGUCUUGGAAGAUAACUAUAGAGCCAACGUGGGAAACACCGGUAAAAGAAGUGCAGGGGAUAAGGAGAACUCCGAUGAUGAACUCUUGAUAAAGAUGGUCACGAAUCCCCCUCAUUCUUCACCAGAAACUAUGGCAGAGAAGGAAAAUAAGUCACAAACUGCCCUAACGYUGAACCUUUGAUAAAGAUGGUUGGAAACCCAAAGUCAUGUUCGAGGGAUAUUAUAGAUACUGGAAUAGUGACUUUGUUUUGGGAAAACGUUGAGUAACAAACUUGUCGAGAAGAUGGCACAAUUGUUACUGACACAACAACCCCAUUUUUUUAUUGCAUGAGUUUACAGUGUUAUGGUGAAAAGAAAUAUGUGAAUUGUCAAAAUAUUUUGGUGAUCUGGAAUCACUAUUUUCAUGUUAGAAUUUUUUAGUGUUUUAAAUUUUGUAACUUUUUUUAUAAUUUUUUAAAAUAUUUUUGUUACCACUUGGAUGCUGGUGGUUUCAUGUCUAUAGCAUAUUUAUAACCAUGCAAAAGUUGACUCACUCAAUAGGUCAAAUUUUUUAUUGUUGCCAGUACUGUCUCCAGCAUAAUGGAAUUAUAGAGUACAGUUGUGUGAUCAAAUGCAAUACCUUACUCCUCUCUCUUACUCCUAUUCCUUUUGACUGGAAUGGGCCAUCACUGGAAGCAGUACUAUACAUUGUUUAUGCMCUUGUUUCAGUCCAAGUAUAAGGGCUUGCCAUUCAAUUGUGAGUACAUUUCUUUUGUAUUAUUAUUAUUCAUGAAUUGAUUUGUUUUCAACAAUUUUAUUAAAAGAACAGAAGUUUCC